AUGCGUAUUCGCCUACAGUCUCGCCUACAAGCUAAGCAAACCCCCAGGUAAGCUGAACAUUGUCUUGUUGUCUUUGCCCGCUCACCGCCUUCAUUUCAGCGAUGAGUUAGCUCAGAGGCUAGACAGCCUUCCGAUCGCAGCCACUGCCGCCGCUGCCGAGAACGCCUCCGUGGAGAACCGCUGGUGUCAACUACGAGACACAGUCCAGUCGACGGCGCUAUCCGUCCCCGUUCGCGCACGCCGCCAACAUCAAGACUGGUUCGACGACAACGACGCCACCAUCAGCAACCUGCUCGCCGAGGGGAACCGCCUACACAAAGCCUACAUCGACCGCCCCACCGGCGACCACAGAGCUGCUUUCUACCGCAGCCGCCGCCCCUUUCAACAGCGACUGCGCGAGAUGCAGGACAUCUGGACUGGUCCGCAAAGCUGAGGAGAUCCAAGGGUACGCGGACCGCAACGAAUGGAAAAACAUCUUCUCCGCGAUCAAAGCUGUCUACGGUCCGCCGACCAAAGGCAUUGCUCCUCUCCUCAGCCCCCAAUGGCAGUACCCUCCUGACUGAGAAGACACAAAUGCUACAACGCUGGGCCGAGCACUUCCGAGGCGUCCUCAACCGCCCCAACACCAUAUCCGACGCCGCCAUUGAGCGUUUGCCGCAAGUGGAGACCAACGUGGACCUCGACCUCCCGCCCUCUCUCCAGGAAACUAUCAGGGCUGUGCAGCAGCUCUCCAGCGGGAAAGCGCCCGGAUCGGACGCAAUCCCUGCUGAGGUCUACAAGCACGAUGGCCCCAACUAA